AAAUGAUUUUGGCUUCUAGCAGGACGAAUGAAGUAAUAUUGGGAAUAACAGCAUGGUAAUUUAAGAAAACAGGAAAAGACAUGUUAUUGUGAGAUUUUUCCCGUAAAUUGUACCAGUUGGAUAAUAUCAAUGUUGUCUACAAAUUUAACAAUUGACGUGGUAGCCCAUAAGCUUGUAGGAAUUGGAAAACAGAGUUGAGAAAAUUCAACUCAUACUAAAUUUUUCUCAUACACAACAAUUGCAGGAUACUCGCUACAACAUGAAUCACUUUUUGUUUUCUACUUAACCACCGAAACUGAAUAAGAAGAAUCUGAAUAUAAAUAAUUUAUUUCAUGUCUGAAGUUAUUUCGCGGAUAUUUGUUAGCUACUCUCGUAGAUAUUUGUGUAAAAUCCUGAAAAAUCUUAUAUCGAAAGUGUUUCGAUUUGAUUUUCCACUGAAAGUGAACAACUGUUUAGCUCGUGGUUUGGCAAUCAUGAGACGCAGUGUGCGGGCAAAACAAUGGAAUGUGCGGUGUAUGUAUACAGUGUUCAAAUGUUAAAGUGGAUGGAAUUACAAUAAAUGCGAAGAAAGCAAACAUACGUCGAAUUUGAAAAUGCCUGAAAGUAUUGCUGACGAGGAAGACGACGAGAUCUACAAAAACUUACCAGAUUUCAAAUACGAUGACACGCUGAAAAAGCUUGAAAAUGCCAAUAAAGAAUUGCAAGAUCGUAUUCGACAUCUAGAGAAGCAGUGUCAUGAAACAGCAGAAGAAAAUUUGAAAUUGAAGGAAGAGAAUCGCCAGUUACACGAAAAUAUUUCAUCUCUGCUCAAGACUGCCAAUAAUGAAUUAAAGCGCAAGGAUCGAGUUAUUGAAGAACUCAGAAAAGAGAACAACCAGUUGAUUUUUCGACGCAAGAAAAUAUCACACAAAACAGAAGUAGAAUGCCAACAACACACUGAUGACACCAGAGUACAUCAGAAGCAGGAAUUGGCAAACAAUUAUUCCAAUGUUCAGUGGCAUGAAGAAGGAUUACAUUUGAUUUCUGGCACAAGUAACAGGGUUACAAAUAUCGUUGAAGAUGUACGUGAUAUACUAAAAGCAGACAACAAUCUGCCUGACACAAACACUUGUUCAUCAAGCGUCAACAAUGAAUUAAAUGAUGUGAGUAGUUUAGAAGGAGACUCCUCUGCCUCUUCAGAAAUCCUUCCUGUGGCCUCAAUUCAAGGCGAUUAUAGUACUUGGAAGGCUCGGAAGAAUGUGGUUGAGACUGUGUUCAGUGCACGAAUGAGAAAGCGACUGAAUGCUUCCACAGAAAAGAAUAAGAAAGAAAUAUUUGAUUCUACCAAUAACAAACAGUUACGUGUCUCAGGAAGUCAUGAUGAAAAGAUAAAUAGCAAUAAAGUGGAGAAUCACCCAAAUGAUGAGACAGUUAGGCAUAGUAAUAUUCAAGCACUUGAGGCCACAGAAACUGUGAAAGGAGCAGCUCAAAAUGAAAAAAAAUCUAUUAAAGCAGGUAGUGUAGUUGAUGAAUUGGAAUCAAAUCCUUCUGGAUCUAUAGAAUUUCAUUCUGUGGAUGCAGAACAAGACCAUCAUUGUAGCACAAACAUUCAGAAGAAUGUGGUUAAGACUGUGUUCUGUGCAAGAAUGAGAAAACGGUUGAAUGCUCCGACAGAAAACAAUAAGAAAGAAAUAUGUGCUUCCACCAAUAAUAAACUGGUAUGUGUCUCAGGGAGUCCUGCUGAAAAGAUAAAUUGCAGUAAAGAUGAGAAACACCCAAAUAAUGAGAUAGAUAAGCACAAUAAUCUUCAAGAACUCAAUGCCACAGAAACUGUGAAAGAACCAACUCAAAAUGAAGAACAGUCUGUUAAUGCAGGUAAUGUAGUUGGUGAAAUAGGAUCAAAUUCCUCUGGCUCUCUAGAAUUCGAUUCUGUGGAUUCAAAACUAGACCAUCAUUGUAGCACAAACAUUCUGAAGAAUGUGGUUGAGGCUGUUUCCAGUGAACAAAUGGGAAAGCAACUGAAUGCUUCUGCUGAGAAAGUUGGUAAAGAAAUAGUUGUCUGCACAGGUACUAAACAGUCAUAUGAUUCCACAAUUGAUGAGGCCAAAAUAAGUAACAGUAAGGAGGAGAGACAGACUAAAAAUGACACAGCUGGACUCAACACUCUUCAGAAGUUCAAGACCACAGAAUCUGAGAAAGAAGAAAUGCAAAAUGAAAGAAAAUCUGUGAAUGCAGGAAAUGCGAUUGAUGAAUUAGAAUCAAGUACCUCUGGAUCUGUAGAAUUCCAUUCUGUGGAGGCAAAACAAGGUCAUCAUUGUACCACAGAUGUACAGAAUAAUGUGAUUGAGGCUGUUUUCAGUGAACAAAGGAAAAACCAAUUGCAUGUUCCUGCAGAAAAAAAUGAUAAAGAAAUACCAGUCUGCACAGGUACUGAGCAGUCAUAUGACUCUAGAAUUGGUGAGAUGAAGAUAAAUAGCAGUAAAGAGGAGAGAGACAUAAAUAAUGAAAUAGCUAGGCAUAAUACUCUUCAAGAGCUUGAGGCCUCAGAUGUUGUGAAAGAAGCAACCCAAAGUGAAAGAAAAUCUGUUAACGCAGGAUAUAUAAUUGGUGAAUUAGGAUCAAAGUCUUCCCAAUCUGAGGAACUCCAUUCUGAGGAUGCCGAGCAAGAUCAUAAUUCUACCACAAAAGUUCAGAAGAAUGUGUUUGGGACUGUUUUCACUGAACAAGUGAGAAAGCAAUUGAAUACUUCUACAGAGAAAGAUGAUAAAGACAUAUUUGUCUAUACAGGUACUAAACAGUCAUGUGCCUCUAAAAUUGAUGAGGUUAAGAUAAAUAGCAGUAAAGAGGAGAGAGAAACAGAUGAGACAUCUAGGCAUAAUGCUUGUCAGGUGCUUGGAGCCAAGGAAAUGGAGGUAGAAGCAACUCAAAAACAAAGAGACUCUGUUAACGCAAGUAAUAUAAUUGGUAAACUAGAAUCAGAUUCCUCUGGAGCUAUAGAAUUACAUCUUGUGGAUGCAAAGCAAGACUAUUAUUGUACCACAAAUGGUCAGAAGAAUGUGGCCGAUACUGUGUUUAGUACACAAUUGAGGAAGCAGUUCAGUGCUUCCAUUGAGGUAGAAUGUAAUGAUAUUCUUAACUGUACUGGUGCUAAACAGCCAUGUGACUCUCGGAAUUGUUAUGUGAAGGUAAACAGCAAUAAAAAAGAAAGAGAUGGAAAUGAUGAUUUAAGUGUGCAUAAUACUCAUAAAAAACUUGAGCACAUUGAAAAUUUGAAGGAAGUGUCUCGUAAUGAAAGAACUUUUCGUAAUGCAGAUAGUGUGUCUCGGGACUUAAGUUCCUAUCAGUCUGUAGAAUUCCAAUUUGCGGGUGCCAAACAGGACCAUAAUUGUACCCCAGAGGUUCAAUAUGAAGGGACUGAGAUGGUGCCCAUUAUGCAAUUGAAAAAGCAUUUAAAUGCAUCCAAAGAGAAGGAUGAUCAAGAAACACUUGCUUAUGCAUGUACUAAACAACCAGAUGGCUCCAGAAGUCACGAUGACAACAUUAUCGUCAAUGAGGGGGAAGGAGACAUAAAUGAUGCUACAGAUAAGCAUGAGACUGCUCAGAAGUUUGAGAAUACCACGGAUGUGAAAGAAGUAGCUCUAAAUGAAAGAAAAUUUGCUGACGCAAUUAAUAUCCUAGAAGAAACAUCAUUUGGCAAUCCAGAUCUUGAUAAUGGUAGUAAAGAUUCAAGACCUGAACAUGUUAAUGCAAGGACUUCUCCUAAUGAAGAGCGUAGUUACAGUUUUCAUUCUAAAAAAUACCAUUCUCAUGUAUCAGAUAUUGGAUCUCACAACCCUGCCAUUCAAAAUUGCCUUAGAUCAAGCUCUCAAAGCUCUUCUACAAAAAGUUCAUCAGUUGAUUCCUGUGUGAUACAGUCAGAAGAACGUGAAAAUGCACAGAAGUCUUCACUGAGAGAGAGUACAAAACAUGCAAAACAGGAUGUAAAAACAAAUUAUCAUAUUAGAGGGAAACAAACGGAACUUAGGCCUAAGACAUCUGCUAGUGUAAGAGUUGCAAACAGUGUAAAAUCAAAGUAUUCACGAUCAAGAUCGAAAACUCCAUUUGACAGCUCACGUUUCAAAAUUCCAAAACUAUCAUCAAAGCAAAGGGUGCGCGUUGAGAGAUCUUCUGUGUUAGAGCAAAUUGACAGUGAGUCUGACAGUGCGCGAACAAGGUACUCCAGACAAUAUUCAGCCCAUAAUAGCCAUAAAUCUUAUACAUCUUACAGUAGCCAUUCACGUGUGAGACAAUCAUUUAGAGAUAGUCAGCAUUACACAGACCAUCGAAAAUAUAAGCAUCGUGACUCUUCACCUGUUCGAGGGCGGUCCUCAUCUCGUUCCAGGCACGAAAGGAGACAUGGCAGUGCAAAAUUUCGUGAUAAAGACAAGAGGCAUGUUGCAACUAGACACCAAAAUGUAUCUAAAAGGUCUGAUUCAACUAGAAUGGAAACUGCUAAUGAUUUGUUGAAAAAGAAAAUGUACAUCGUAGAGGCAGAAAAAGUUAUACACAGUCAGAAGCAGUCUCGAAAUGUAGAUUUCUCAUUGGACGAUUACAGAAGAGAGAUAGUCACUGGCAAAAGUGGCACAACCAGUUCUGUUCUGGCAGAUGAUAAACAUUUUAAUCACUCUCAGAUAAUACCUGAAUAUCGGAAAGUGACAGCGGAAAAUUAUAAUGGAAGGAAAACACAAAGAAUGGAAACAGAGGAUCUUAAUACUUCCAAGGCAUAUGAAUAUAAAUUAAAGAAGAUUACAUUUGAGAACAAGGAAUGUAGAAAACCUGUUUUAGAUUUGUGCCGUAGGUUAGUUUCUAAUUCAAGUUCAAAAUUGGAUAAAAUCCCAGGCACUCCGGAACUAUUUCAUGCUGCAACAAAUGAACCAAAUCCACUUUGGAGCUCAGACCGUGCUCUCCGUCCUGGUGAAGAACAAAGGAAAGAAAAUAUUGUGCCAACCUCUGAUGCACAGAGUGUCACUAGUCAGGCAUCAAAUGACACUGAAGGGAAACUGAAGAGAGUCUGUAAUUCAGCAGUGUUUAACACAGAUGGUGUUUCUGUUAGCAUAUUCCGUGAAACAUGCGAUUUUAGUACAUCGCGAAAAAGGAAGUCUGUUGUGAUACGUUCUAAGAGAACUUCUGGAUCGUGUGAUGUAGACUCUCCUGAGGAAAAAAGACAAAGACUGAAUAAUAAUGACAAAAUAAUUGUUGCUACAACUACUGCUUCAGUAAGGACAGUACUUGAUGGCACUGUUACCAAGAGUGAGCAGACAGUUGUGGAGAAAACUGCCUCUGUUGAAACUAAUGUCAUUUCUCCUGUACAAAGUUUCAUUGGUGGAUCAAGGACAGAGAGAGUGCAGGACAUUAGUUGCACCACGGAUAAACAACACGCAUCAGUUAAUGAUUUAGGUAAGCUUGAUCACAAACUUGAUCUAGAAGAUGUUAAAACUCACAAGGGAAAAGCUAAUAAUACUGCACUUCAUUCAGAACAUGUUUCAGAAAUUAAAAAUCCAGUGUCAGCCUGUAAUAAUUCUACCACUGUUUCUGCUCCAUCAUUAAAUGUAGAAAGCAGUGUGGCUGGUUGCAUCCUGCAGGAUGUUCCAUUGGCUAAGGUGUCUGCUAAUGAAGAAGGCUUGCUCUGCUCCAUGAAAGACUUUGCAGAUCACUAUGAACUGAGAUUUACAAAUUUGAGAGUUGAACGGCCAGAAAAAAGAGAACUUGUGAGUAAAAGAAAGAGCAGAAGGGAAACAAGAAUUGAGGAUAUGAGCGAAGAACUAGAGGAAGGAGAAAUUUUAGAUGGUAGUCCUGUGAAAACUUCCCCUGCAGUGUCAAGAUUUUCUGAACCAGUGCACAACAUGACAUCAGAGCUGUCAUGUCAUAGAAACAUUAAUCCCACUUCAUGUAGUAGGCCUUCUCUGGGAGAUCAUCUGGUGGCUAAAGAACGGCAACAUGAUACAUAUGAAAGACAAGAGAUUGCUGACUUUGAAACCAGCAAUAGGUAUAAAGUCUUAGAGAAGUUUCAGAAUAAUGAUUCUGAAGUGUCAGGUGGAGCUGGGAAACAAUCAUCCCAGUGUAUGAAGGCUAGGGAAGUAAAAGAUAGUGUUACUAUGAACAAAAAGACAGAGGAUAUUGAAUCAGUUCUCUUGGGUGCAAAAUUUGAAAAAGAAAGUUGUGGCACAAAUAAUAUGACAUGUAAUGCUGAUAAUAAGGAUUUCUUUGAGAAAAGAGAACUUGUAAAUCAUCAAGUUACUGAUAGCGUAAUUUCUAGCGAGGUAUCAAAAAGUGUUUGUUUAUGUAGUAGUGCUUGUCAGUGUACAGAAAGUAACAAACAGUCAGACAAUUGUUCGGAUGGAAAUGAAAUGAAAUGUAAAGGUGAAGUACAAUCUUCUAGUAAUCCUAAAUCUUUGAAAGAUGGUUUUCCUCUGUGUGACAAGGAGGCGACUGUCUCAGAAGAUGUAAAUUUUUCUUUGCAUGUCGAACCUGAAGAGAUCUGUAAACAAAUUGGCGAGAGAAAAUCUGAUAAAAAGAAUGAAACAGUCAAAACAAAACUAGCUAGUAGCUGCAUUCAAGCAUUAUCAAGUGGUGAUACUGUUAUGAAGGAUGUGGAUGUUAGCAACAGACAGAAGCCAGAAAUUGAUAACUCACUUGUAAGUGGCAUUAGUGUGCACAAAGACACUCAGCCUAAGUCGUAUCAGAAACUACAUUCAGAAAGCAAUAAAAAAACCAGUGAGGCAAGUAAACAUACCAGUGUGCAAGACACUGGUGCUCCAUUGAGUUCUAAAUUAGUUUCCCCUCCUAGGCGGAAAAAGAAUGCGAGAAUGACAAUCUCAACAUCACAAAGUUCACUACAGUCAGAAAUUUUAAUGGCAAAUUUAUUGCAGACUCAUUCACCUUAUAAAGUUGGUAUUCAUGAUGAAUUUGUUCCCUUAAGUACCAAGUACAGUGAAGAAAUUGCAAGUGGUGCUAGCUGUGAUAAUGAUAAUGAGUCACUAAAUUGUAACUCAUGCAAAAGUGCAAUAAAUAUGCAGUCAGGUGAUAAACACAACAGUAAAAGUCAAAGAAUCACAAGAUCUAAAACAACUAGGUUGUCUUCUCCUGGCUGCAGGCCAGAUGGAAGAAACUGCAAUUCCAAAAAGAGUUUAAAAUCAUCCAAGAAGAAAUUGCAAAAAUUGAUGAAUUUUGAAAAUGAACAAAUUGAACUUGAAGAGGGGUCAUGUAAAAUGACACCACAGCUUUGUCAGUCAGAGCUACAAGACACUGAUCUUAUAUGCAGCUAUAUUGCUAUGGAUGAUCUUAAUGUUAGUACACAUCUUGGAAACGAAACAACCUGUGUGCAUACUUUUGGAGAACUGAAGAGUGGUAAUUUUCAGGUAGAAAAUGACAACAGGAAAGGUGAAGCUGGACUACUGGAAACUUCAGAGGGGACUAUAAAUCAAAGAAGACAGACUAUAGGGAAAGAUAGUAUGGAAAUGGCUGCUGAUGCUUAUGCAGAGGGUAGAGGAGGAAAGGAACCCCUCUCUGGUGAAGAACUGCUGAAAAUACUGGAAGGCUCAUUUGAAAAUGAAAGUGGUGGAAGUAAAAAUGUAGCAAAUGAAUCUGACAGUCUGCAACUGGAAAAUGCUGUGAUGUCAUGUCCACAGCAGUCUGAAAUAAUUUCCAGUACAAAUUUACCAAGUGCUACAAAUAAAAAGAAUAUAAUUGUACGGCGCCGAUCUAGGAAAUGUAUUCUUGAAGAGGCUCCAAUGAAAUUCAUCACAAUUAAGCCACAUGAUGAUACCAGUCCAUCUGCUUUAAUUGGAAGUUCAGUUGCCAUCACUGCUGAUGAACCCCAUACCAAUAACAGCUCUCCUGUUUGUGUGACACCCUCAGUUCCAUUGUGUCUGCAACAUGAUGAUAACAGCUGUAGCUCUAGCAGCAGUUCAGAUAGCAGCAGCAGCAGCAGCAGCAGCAGUAGCAGCAGUGUAAGUAGCUGCAGCAGCAGUUGCAGUAAUAGUUCAAGUCCUAUGAGUCUCAGAAGUAGUGUGUCUGGCAGUUCAAAGAGUAACACCAGUGGAAAACAGGAAGAGAGUGACAAGAAUGAUAAUACCAAAAUGUUGAAGUGCCUCCGUGCCACACCUGCAAGGCGAUUGUAUCAAAAGAAAUCUCAAAUGGCUGUUCAUAAGCCACAAAAUGACUAUCAAGAUCCUCAAGAACUUGAAAUGUCUUUGAAUAGUUCAUCAUCUGAAAAUACGUCUGAUGAUACUUUUGCUCCUACAAAAAAUAUCAUGAAACAGUUGAGUGACACCUGGGUAUCAAAAAAGAAAAGGCCAAGAAAUAAAAGGUAGCUCAGUUGUAAUGAGCUUCUGAAAGUAUAUGUGGAAUUCAGUGUUUUCUGUAUUGCUUUUAAAUAUGGUAAAUUUUGUGAAAUUUCAUUAAUUUCAUAACUAAAUUGUUGAAAUGGAAUAACAGGAACUGUUUUAGUCAGGACAAUGCAUUUCUAGCAGUUGGUUUUGUUAUUACCCUCUGUAAACUACAUGAGUAGAAAGAAAGUGACUGGGAGAUAGCUGUUGGUCCUUAUAUACUGAGUGUGUGUGUGUGUGUGUGUGUGGGGGGGGGGGGGGGGGAGGCACAUGCACGUUUGUUCAUUCAUGGUUUUCUAUUUUGCUUGUAAAUUUUUGUGAUGUGUAAAUAUUUCAAUAUUUUUAAUUUUAUAAUUCAUUUGUUAAAAUGCAUUGUCACAUUCAUCAGAUGAAAUAAGAACAACCUACACGUGUUCUGCUUCACUCGCGGCUGUGCAUUUCUGGCAGAUGUUUGUGUUAUUACUAUUUUUUUUAAGUACAUGGGUAAAAUGGAAGAGAUUUAGAAAUGCUACUUCAUUGCACUGAGGCUCUGCAAGUAUGUGUAUAUUUUGAGUGUUUUUUAUAGAUCUUGUAAAUGCUGUAAGUAUUGUGAAAUAUUUGUGUAUAAUAUCUUUAAUUUUAUAACUUUUGUUAAUAUCAAUACUCUCACUCACUGCCUUAAAUAACAGGAACUUACCAAGUAUUUCUUUACUCAGGGGAAUGCAUUUGUGGCAUUUGCUUUUAUUGUUGCCCUUUUCUUAACCAUGCAAAAACCUAUCCUAUGAGGCUGUGUCACUACAUAUAAUUCUACAACUGAAAAAAUGUUGAAAGAUAAGUUCUGUGUUUGUGAAAAGUUAUCAGUUUUAGUCUCAUGUAUGUGAGCUCUGAAUGCAACUCCAUGUCUGUUGUUAGGUACCGGUGAAAUAAAUAAGAAAUUUUAUUUGAUGUGGUUUUGGAAGGCAACAUCUACACCUAUUUUUCAUCAGAGAUAGAUAGUACGUAAUGUUGUACAGUUCAGUAAUUUUUGUUAACUGUUUCAGUGCCACACAUUUGUUUAGUUUAAAGUGGCUGGAAUUAUGUUUACACUUGAUUCACAGCACUCACUCCAUACUGUUAAUUAUCCUUUUUUUGUGAAUGAGAAUUUUUGGGUUAAACAAAAUCUGCUCUGUGAUGAUAUAUAUUUUUGUGAAAAGAAAGUAUUUGUUGUGUAAAAAGUACUUCUGUAAAUAAAAUGUUAUUAUUGAAA